CUAAACCGUCCCUUCGGCGGCUGCCAAUGGAGGCCAGCUGGAGGCGGGACUGGGCCACGCUGAGAGCCAAUCAUCUGCUUCUGGAGGGAAGGGCCCUGUGGCUUCUGGGUACCCGAGUGGUUGUCCCUCCCUUCGUCCCGGAGCCCGGGAAAACCCGGAGCGGGGAGCAGACCGAGCCAGACCGGGCUGGGCCGGGCCGGGCAGAGCCGAGCGGGGGCCGGGCCGGGGUCGGCGUCGGCAUCUCGUGGAGCGCCCCCGCCCCUCACAAGGUCCCCCGAGCCCGACGCCGCAGGGACCGGGCCCAGGGGGCAGGAGCGCACCAGAGAAGUACCCCAGAGGAGCCAUGGAACUGGGUGGCAAGAAGAAGCUUCACGCCCUGUCCCUGGCAGAGAAGAUCCAGGUGCUCGAGCUCCUGGAAGAGUCCAAGAUGUCCCAGUCGGAGGUGGCCCGCCGUUUCCAGGUCUCUCAGCCUCAGAUCUCCCGGAUCUGCAAGAAUAAGGAGAAACUGCUGGCGGACUGGUGCAGCGGCACAGCCAACCGGGAGCGCAAGCGCAAGCGUGAGUCCAAGUACAGCGGCAUCGACGAGGCGCUCCUGUGCUGGUACCAUAUCGCGCGGGCCAAGGCCUGGGACGUCACGGGCCCCAUGCUACUGCACAAGGCCAAGGAGCUGGCCGACCUCAUGGGCCAGCACUUCGUGCCCAGCAUCGGCUGGCUGGUGCGCUGGAAGCGCCGCAACAACGUAGGCUUGGGGGCCCGGCGUGUCCUCCCUCCUCCUCGGACUUCCCCGGAGCCUCCUCCCCCGGGCUUCGACCCCCAUGCUCCCAUUACCCUGAAAGACUUUUCCCCAGAGGAUAUUUUUGGCUGUACCGAAGUGCCCUUAUUGUAUCGGGCGGUCCCAGGUGGGGUGGUAUUGGGCGAUCGGUUACAGGUGUUACUGUGCGCCAACAGUGGAGGGACAGAGAAGCGUCGGCUGAUGGUUGCGGGAGGCCGUCAGACUUCUCCCCGCUGCUUCUUUGGGGUCAGCAGUGAGGCUCUGCCUGUCCUCUACCGCCCAGGCCCAGGGAUCCCCUGGGCAGACUGGCUGGCCCAGUUGGACCAGGACAUGGGGCAGCAAGGCCGACACGUGGCCUUGUUGCUGACCGACCCCCCGGCCAGGGAGGGCGCAGACCUGCCCGAGCUUCAGCACGUGAGGCUCUUGCCUCUGCCUGCUGAUGGUACCAUGCCCUGCUUACCCACUCCUGUGGUUCGGGACUUCAAGACCCGUUACCGGCACCGCCUCCUGAGUAAGCUGGCCGCUCUCCGAGGGGAGACCGAGGGCACGUCCCUGGCCGCCGCUGGGGCGGGCAUCACGGUGCUCGAUGCCUUGCAUAUGAUGGCAGCCGCCUGGGACAGAGUGCCCGCCAACUUCAUCAGGAGCAGCUUCGCCCUUGCUGGCCUGUGGCCCAGCAGAACUCCUCCGUCUAUGAAAGAAGUGCCCAGGAUGCCCCCGCUGCCUGACGGGCUGAGACCCGAAGAAUUUUCCCGCUUCGUGGACCUGGAGGGUGAGGAGGCAGGCCAGGGAGGAUGCAAGGAAGAAGCGAUCAGUGAGGGCGAGGGAGAGAACAGGGACGACAGCCUGGUGCCUCUGCCGACCAAAGCAGAUGCCUUGCGGGCGCUGGGCACCUUGCGGCGAUGGUUUGAGUGCAACGGCGCUUCCCCUGAACUUUUUGGGAAAUUUUAUGACUGUGAAGAGGAGGUAGAACGCAUGUGCUACCAGUGAGGGCCCCCCCACCCCCCGGGCCCAUCAGAGUCCCCACCUUCUUGUUUCCCAUGGAAACGCUAACAGAGGGCACUUUGGGGCUUUCCUUCCCAUGGAAAUGACUGCUUCAUGUUGAGAGGAGAGAAGCUGGGACACCCAAGGCCAGGCUAUGAAGGCCUCUUCAUCCUUGAGCAGAAGGGCUUUAAACCAGCACCAUCGAUGGGGCAGAGAAUUCUGAAUAUAUUGCCUAGUAAUCCUUUAACCCUUUUGGAAAUUCUAGGGUAUUAGACGAGAAACCAUUGACAGGGAAACUGAGAGCUUGGGUAUGAGGAAUCUAGGCUUUACAGCCAGCAUGAGAACUCCAUGAAUUCUGUGUUUAAAACCAAUUCUGCUGGUGGCAAUCAAGGUUUUAAGCAGGGAGCCUGGGUGUCACUUGUGCAAGACCAGAGGGCUUUGGGCAGUCGGCAGAGGGUGACUCACUGAUGCCUUCCCGUCUCCCAGGCCGAGCCUUUCAGCAUUGACUCCAGAUUGCUGCCUCUCUUCCCCCUCGGAUCAUGGUGGUUGGCGUUACAGCUCGGGCUUCCACUCAGGACAAGUAAAAGGAAUUUCCUUUCAGAAGGAUCCCAGAGCACCUCAAGUGAAGGGGAAGCUGCAUUAACCGCUCUGUAGCAUCUAUCCCUACUAUGAAAAGAUCGAGUCCAAGAAAUAACUGGCAAGUGGCUAAGGAGAGGAGCAUUGUACCAGAGAAAACAAGAGUGAGUGGUCCUUUAGCAUAUCAAGGCCAGGGCCCUAAUUUUCCUUAAAAAAAGUUUUUUGCUCUUG